UUUCAACAACGAUGUGUGGACUGGUGUUCCUACUUUUGCUGGUAGCAAUUUGUGCUUGGUUAAUUUCAAAUUCCAGAAAGAAACUGCAAGGGAGAUACAAACGUCGCCAAAGACCACUGGACAUUGAGACAUAUUCAAAGUCAGAUGUGUCCUCAUACGCAGAAGAAAUAUACGUGCCUUAUUCUGGACCACCGGAAGUGUCGUCUACAUACGAAAGGUAUCCAGCUGUCGAGCCAUAUCGAAAUUUACCUGCAAUUAUUCCAUACAGUCCUUACUUGUUUGACGAAGAUUCGGGACAGUAUGUGAAAGGGGAGAUAAAUCCAUUUAAAGACCCAAAUUUCGACAGACCCUACUUCUCGACAUUAGGAAUAAGGUCUUCGUAUGACAGACCUGGCGACUGGUACAGGUCAAUGCCAGUCGAUAUGGAACUGUCAUUGCCUCGGGCUUGGAUCAGAUAAUAUAAGUGACUUCAUAUAUGUAGACAGUACUAUAAAGUACAUGUACAUGUAUUUCAUGUAUCAAUGUUUAUUUCAACGUAAAUGAUUUUUUUCUUUACGAAUUUUGUGUAUUAAUGAAUAUUAUUACAUGUCUUUGAGUAAAAUAAAUCGGACCUAUUUCAUCAUUCCAGCUCAUGUAAUAUUAUAAUUUAGCAUGUACAUCAUUUGAAGGUAUAAAUGACCGGCCAGUGCAGAAAUCAACUUGAUAUUACUCGUAUGGUCCGGUCUAAGACAGUAUUUUGUGUCUUGCGGCAUGUAAUUUCUACUUCACCAUCUCAGCAUCGCUAACAUCGCUAACUCUGUACAUGAUUUCAAGCAAACGAGAUUAUACUAGUGUUUUAUAGAUCAACAAAUGAUUUAGAAGAUUGAGAAGCUAAAAGAUUUAGAAUUAAUCAUCCGACGGUAUAAGGUCAUUAUGAAACAAUUUUCAUGUUUAAUUUCUGACAAAAAGCUUGUUAAAAUUAUGUAUAUUGAAAUUAUAAAUGUGAUCGUGUAAAUAAAAUAUGCAAUUCCUAAAGCACAGCUACAUUCGACUUAUUUCUUAA